AUGCCGCCGUCUCCUCUCAAUCUCCUCUUCCUCCUCCUCCUCCUCCUCCCAUCCAUCUCCACCGCCCACAACGUCACCUUCUUCGAAGACGCAUUCUGGAGCAACCCCCAGCUCGACUCCUUCUCCCUCACCAAACACAAAGACUGCAGCGCCCCCCCUCCUCCCUCCCCCCCCUUCGGCCUCGGCCGAGCAUUCUACUCGAAGCCAGUCCGCUUCCUCGACCACUCCACCAGAGCCACCGCCUCCUUCUCCUGCCGCUUCUCCUUCACCGCCACCACCCUCCCCAGCUCCUGCCCCUCCGGCGACGGCAUCGCCUUCCUCAUCGCCUCCUCCACCGCCGACUUCAUCCCCCAAGACUCCUUCCUCGCCGUCGAAUUCGACUCCAACACCAGCCGCGUCGCCAUCGCCCUCGACAACACCACCCCCGCCUCCUCCGCCCCCGCCGGCUUCCCCCUCCACCACGCCCGAGAGGUCACCUCCUGGAUCGAAUACCGCCACUCCGACACCACCAUCCGCGUCUGGAUCAGCCACUCCAACCGAAUCCGCCCCCGCCACCCCAUCCUCUCAUCCAAGAUCGACCUCUCCACCCGCUUCAAGGACCUCAUGACCGUCGGCUUCACCGCCGCAAACGUCAGAGGCUCCUCCGCCUACACCGUCGAGCGCUGGCGAUUCAAGACCUUUCUUGGAAUCGUCCCUCCCACAAUUUCAAUGGACGGCCUCAAAACAGGGGAUUGCUUUGUUUGCUCCCAAUUCGACACCACCAUCGAAUUCGGCUCAUUUCAGCCUCGUCGAAUGCGGAAGGAGAUUCUGAUCCUAAUCGUCGUUCUCACGACCUUCGCUGCGCUCACCAUCUUGUUUGGAGCAGCUUUAGUCGCCUGCGUCUGCGCUGUCAGGCGCCACGGGAGCAAGCGGGCGCAGAAACAGAGGAGGGCGUAUCGUUUCCACGAGGGGAGGACCGUGCCGAUGAUGCUAUCCCUGAGCGAGAUCAGAUCCGCCACCAAUGGAUUCAGCCAUGAUAGGAUCAUAGGGGAAGGUGGCUCGGCUGUGGUGUAUGUCGGAAAAAUCCCGCAUUGUGGGACCGUGGCGAUCAAGCGUUUCAACCACGAGAGCCACUACGAUGAGUCAUCGUUCUCCCGUGUCCCUUUCAACACCGAGUUUGCUACAAUGGCGGGGUGUUUAAGGCACAAGAAUCUUGUCCAGAUGCAGGGGUGGUGCUGUGAGUUGAAUGAGCUUGUGCUUGUGUAUGAAUACAUGGCUAAUGGCAGCCUUGAUAAGCUCCUCCACGGGCGAACGCCUUGCUCGAGGCUCCUCACGUGGGAGAAGAGGCGCAACGUCGUCCUUGGCGUCGCGUCUGCGUUGAUCUACCUUCACGAGGAGUGUGACAGCCAGAUCAUCCACCGAGACGUCAAGACCUGCAACAUAUUGCUUGAUGUAGAGCUGAAUCCGAAGCUCGGUGAUUUCGGGCUGGCUGAGGUUUUCAGGCAGAGUUUGAGGGGUAUGAUAGAAGGGGGGAGGGAUGGGGCAAUGGGGUACCUAGCGCCGGAAUAUGCCUUCUCGGGCAUCCCCACGGUGAAGACGGAUGUGUACAGCUUCGGGGUGGUGGUGCUGGAGGUGGCAUCAGGGAGGCGCCCGGUCGAUAAAACGGGGUGUCUCCUGAGCGAGCAUGUGUGGGGGAUGUGGGAGAGAGGGGGGUUGGUUGAGGCGGCUGAUCCGAAGCUCGUGGGGAGGUUUAGCCGCGGGGAGAUGGAGAGGAUGCUCGUGGUGGGGCUGGCGUGCGCGCACCCUAACGAGGAGAUGAGGCCGAGGAUGAGGGAGGCUGCGCGGAUGCUGAGAGGGGAGGCGCCGCUCCCGGCCUUGCCUACCAAGAGGCCUGUGGUGAUGAUCCAGUCAGUUGUGCCUCAGAUAGCUGAGGAAAUGGUGUUGAGUUGUGAUGAUACAGAUACACAAUGGUCUACUCCUAGAACACAUUUUAGCAAGAACCAAUACCACCCUGAUUUUAAUGCUUGA